GCACCCAUGAUCAUGUCACAAAUAGUGAUGAUUUUCUGACCAAGUCCAACUGUUUUUUUUUUUUUUUUUGGGGGCGAUUUUCUUUUCAUGUAUCUUUAUGUCUGAUAUGAACUGGCAAAAAGAGCUUAAACAAGGCAAACUUGAAGGUUUUUUUUGCCCCCCUCUCUCUCUCUCUCUCUCUCUCUCUCUCUCAAUCUUCUAUUCUUUAAUUUUCUUACUUAUAAGAUGCUGAUUUUAAGGUGUGAGAUAGAGAAAUAGAAUCACAUAAUAUUAAAUACAUAGGGGCCUGUCAGAGAGAACCUGGAUUUCUUUGCCUCCCUCCUAAUUUAUCUUCCUCUCAAUGUUCCUCAUUUAGAAAAAUCUUAAACGACUAGCCUAGACAGUUACAAUUCACCCAUCUUGUCUGGCCAUUCAUGCUCAUUAAAUUUUUUUCUUAGAAAAAAAAAAAAAAAAAAAAACCAAACCAUUUCUUCAAUACCCCUCCAUUUUCCUGCUUGCUCUACAGUUUUUUCUUUUUUGCUUUUUCUUCUUCGUUCUGUUUGGUUAUCAAGAAGAGCUAUUUUUCUGUACAAAAUAAUGAGAGACGUAGUUUCUUGCUUUAGCGAGCACGCUGUAAAUGUAUCACAUCCUUCAUGUUCUAACCAUUCAAACACUGCUUGUAUAACUCCAACUUUAACCCCUUCAGUCCAAAAUGCAGUGACUUGUCUCUACAGACUCAUUCUCUCAUCUCAGAAGCAGCUUUUGGUCACCGUCAAUUGGUGCAAAAACAACACAGCCCAAGGCCUAAGCAUAAAUUUUGGAGAUGACCCAUCACUAUCCUUCAAGCUCAACAUGAAUUCGCGUUUGUUCAGGAAGAAAAAAGGGAGCAGAAUUCUUGAAUCAGAACUUGGAAAGGUGGAAAUUUUCUGGGAUCUGUGCAAUGCCAAGUAUGAUUCAGGGCCUGAACCUGUUGAUGGGUUUUAUGUCUUGGUCAUGGUUGAUUCAGAAAUUGGUCUGAUCCUAGGCAACAUGGCUGAAGAAGCUGUAACAAAGAAGUUCAAAACCAGCACACCAGCAGCGAAAGUCUCUCUGAUUGCAAGGCAGGAACAUUGUUCAGGAAAUACCCUUUAUUCCACAAAAGCACAAUUCUGUGAUAAGGGCAUUGUACAUGAGAUUCUGAUCAGAUGCAGUGGAGAGAAAGAGGGAUUGAAGCAUCCGGUUCUGUCAGUUUGUAUUGAUAAGAAGAUGGUGAUCCGUGUGAAGAGAUUGCAGUGGAAUUUCAGGGGAAAUCAGACAAUUUUUGUUGAUGGUUUGCUGGUUGAUCUGCUUUGGGAUGUUCAUGACUGGUUUUUCAAUCCUGCUUCUGGGUAUGCAGUUUUCAUGUUCAGGACAAGAAGCGGAAUGGAUAGCAGGUUGUGGUUGGAAGAGAAAAUGGUACAGCAGAAAGAGCCUGACAGAGUUGAAUUCUCUUUGUUGAUCUAUGCCUGUAAGAGCUCAUAAUAAAAUUAACCCUAUUUUUUUUUUUUUUUUUUGGUUUUCCUUUUUUAUUAUUUUUAUUUUAUUCUUGUGUUAUAGUUUUAAAUUCUCCUUUCUUAUUGAAAGGAGUGGAUACUAAUUCAUUUUUGAUCAUAUAUAUAUAUAUAUAUAUAUAUGUAUGAGAAAAGAAAAAAGUAUAGUUGUAGAAAAUGUAGAUGGAUCCGUUUAGCAAGUUUUCAUCACUUUCUUUCUCUCUGUUUUUCUUCCUCAAAUGGAACUGAAACAAGAAAAAUUAAAGUGAAGCACAUAGAUUUUUGUACGGUUUUCAAGUAAUUAAAAUGGACAGCAAACAAACUUUUGGGAAUUUUGAAAGAUAUCAAUGAAGAUUUGCUGAAAGUGAGGUUUGUGGAUUCCAAGAUAACAAUGAAGAUUGGACAGAAAAAAAAGAAGCUGAGAAUCUCAUGCUCAAAUCAAGCUGUUAUUCCAUUUUCCUUUUUACUGUGUUUGAUAUGACUAUUAAAAAGUUUCGUUUUUUAUUUUCUAAAAUACAGCAGAUGGUUUAUUUCUAUAUUUCACUUAAUUUUGAAACUCAAUUCCAGAUGCGUG